CCACUUUCAUUUUGACAUUCGUAUGUUUUAAACAAUUAUGUCAUGGGAUCUUGUACAAGACGACACUUUUUACUGUCAACAUGCUUUCUUCAAAUGAUAACCAUAAUCGAACGCCAAGUAUUCGAUUUUCUCGGAUACAUGUGGGCGCCAAUAUUUGUUAAUUUCUUUCAUAUUCUAUUUAUCAUCUUCGGAUUUUAUGGAGCAUAUCAUUUUAGAAUAAAAUAUAUAAUUACGUAUUUAUUAUGGAAUUUUCUGUGGAUUGGCUGGAAUGCAUUUUUAAUCUGUUUCUAUUUAAAUGUGGGGACAUUGGAUAGGGAUAGCGAUUUACUAAAUUUGGGUACCGGUAGCGUAUCCUGGUUUGAGGUGAAUGGCUAUGGCUGUAAACCAACGUACAAUACCAAUAUUACCUCAGAGGAUCCAUUUCGUCCAAUACGACCGGAACGAGUGGACGAUUGUCUGCUGACCUAUGACAUUGUUGAGGUUGUCCAAUCGGGAGUGCAGUGUAUAUUAGCGUUCUUUGGUAUUUUGGGAGCGAUUUUAAUCAGUUACAUAUUCCUAGAUGAAGAUGACAGAUUGAAACAUGUUAAUAAAAAAUCCAAACAUCGUCAGUCAUUGUAUUCCAUCGAAUUUGGACCCAGCUUGGAUACAUUGCGCAGUCGUACCGAUACAAUACUCGAUUAUGGUGAUGAUCAGAUGCACGAACGUUGUGGUGGUGGGGCAGAGGGUGAUAAUGGUGAGCUAAGUCCGAAACCGAUGACACCCAGACGUGUUAAACGUCGUUCGGUUAUGCAUCGUGGUACGAAUAGUCGUACCUCCACUGCAAGUCGACGUAGUCGUCGUGGUGGCAGAGAUAAUGAUGAGGUGGCUGAUAGUCGUAGCAGUCACAGUGGCAGUCAACGAAAUGUGGCCACAUUGGGUCAUACGGGUACACAUUCACGCAGUAGUACACGUAGCUCACGACGUAAAUAUCAACAAAAUCCGGUGACAAAACUUUUAGAUCAGCAACAACAACAACAGCAGCAGCAACAACAUCAGUCGUCACAUGGCCAUCACAAACAUCCACAAUUUGCUUCGUUCCAUCACAAGGAUAAUUCACCGUUGACUUCGGCAAAUUUACAAAGUUUAAAUAAGGAAAUCCACAACAACAUCAAUGUGGCCGGAGGAAGUCUGACCAAGACCAACAACAAUCAUUAUCAAUCGUUUAGGAAAAAUAUUCCCCCAGAUCCGAUUUAUUACAACACCAAUGCCGUGCAAAUGAGUUUGUAUCAACAGCAACAGCCGACGUUACAUGAUCCCACUUUGCCACCAUGGCCAACUUCGACACCAACACCCAGUGAGGAACCACAAUCACCCACCUUGACAGUUACCCCAUCCCUUGGAGGUCAUUAUAAUCCAACCUAUCAGCAUUCCACCACCAAUCUCAAUGAUGGUGAACAUGUCGAUGAGCUCUAUAACAAUCGACCACCCUCUGUACGAUCUUCGUAUUCGAAUUUCCAUGGUACUCGGCCAAUGUCAUCGUAUAUGACCUCAUCGGGUACAACGGAAAAUGUCUUCGCCUCAUUGGUCACCUCAGCCAAUACAGCCACCAAUGAACCACCUCAUACCCCACCUCUGUAUCAGCAACACCCUCUACACACGCAACAUUCUGUAAGUCAACAUAAUUUACCACCGCCUCCACCACCACCAGCCGUACCCGAAUUGCCAUAUGUUGCAUCACAACCCCAACCGAUACCCUUUCAUAAGCGUACAGCAUCACGGGAGAGUAUACGCUCCAUGGCUUUUCUCAAUAAUGGCCCACCCGCUUAUAAUCUGAAUUAUCAUACACCACCGGAUUCGGAGACCACAAUGUAA